AUGGAUCAUUGCUACGACGAGGAUGUUUUAUUUAAUCAAUUUUUGAUAUCCCUCUGCAAAUCAUCUGCAGAAAUAUUUAAUAAAGCUGUUGAAAAUGGAUGGCCUAUAUGUGUUCCCAGAGAAGGUUCCUUCUCUAAAAAUAAGUAUUCUGAAAAAGAUUUCAACGACCACAUUUUGACUCCCAGUAAGUGUUCAGAUUUAAAAUUUAUUACAAUAAGUGGCCACAAUGUUUCUGUAGACAACCAUGCAGUUACAUGUCAAUAUGAAAACAAGACUUACACAGUAGACAUACUAUUUAUUGAAACAUGCUAUACAGAAGAUAAUCACAGUUAUAAAGUAAUAUGCAUAGACGGCCCAUUAAAUUGUGCUACUAUGUUAGAAGAUAUUAUUGUAAUAACAUCUGUUCAAGAUUGUUUGAAUUUUUUGUAUUCCAAAAGCAACAAAUUGUUAUUGAAAGAUCUGAGAUCUUUAAUGGAUGAUUUUUUAUCAUCCAAUGAUUAUAUUAAUAUGCCUGUUGAUGUCAAGAAAAAAUCCAUUGAAAAUUUGUAUAUUAAAUGUUUAAAGAAAGCAAACUAUCAUACUAAAAAGUCCAAUCAUUUUUUUCAAAACAAUAUUAAACUUGCAGUAGAGUAUUAUAUACAGAAUAAACUGUAUACUGUCUUGAUGAAUAAUAUAAAUGUCUUAAUGGCAACAGAAGAUGCCAAGUUAAAUAAACUUAUUCGGAAUUACUCUAGUGCUAUAAUUGAUAUAGAAGUGGACCAAGAAGUACAAACAGCAAUACCAAAUGCCAGAUGUGAAUUGUCCAAGUUGUAUAUGCACAAAACUAUUAUAGGAAAGUUUAAAUGUUUAAAAGAUACAUUUUUGAAAUUGUCUAAUGGAAAUAAUAAUUUUACAGUGGAUAACCUACUAAGUGCUUUGGUUCAUUUAGUCAUACAUUGUAAAAUACCCAAUUGGAAUGCUCAAAUAUAUUUUAUGAAACAUUUUGUUGUCAGCAAUAUAAAAGACUUUGAUGAUAAUUUCUAUUUAACUUCAUUAGAAGCAGCUAUUGAACAUAUAAAAUUUCAUAAAUUUGAUCUUAAAUUAUCAACAAAUUUCCAUGAUUCAAAUUAUGGUACUUUUUAUAAUUAUAUUUGCAAUGGAGAGUACUAUAAAGUUAAAGAAACCUUAGAAUAUGUAAAAAUACAACAAUCUUGCUCAAAAUGUCAUCCUUUAUGUGAAUGUGAUUCUUGUAUGAAGGAGGUAUUAAAAGAAUCGGCAGUUUGUGUGAAGUAUAAAGAUGAACAGGGUCUCACACCUCUUCAUCUAGCAGCUUUUUAUGGCUAUCCACUCAUUAUUGAAUUACUUUUGGAAUAUGGAUCAGACAUAAAUGCUUUGGAUAAUUUUUCACUUACACCUGCCCAUUAUGCUGCACUUAGAGGACAACAGAAUGCAUUAUUGUUUUUGUUACAUAAUAAAGCAUUGAUGAUUGGAGAUAAUGAGGGUAACACUCCAUUGCAUUUGUGUUGUUCAAAUGGUCAUGAUCUUUGUGUCAAAGCAUUGUUAUAUUUUAUGGAAUUUUCGGACUCAAAAUUAAAUAUAAAUGUACAAAACAAUCAGGGAGACACACCUCUUCAUUUAAGUUUUAAAUGGGGUUACACUAAUGUAGUCCAAAUAUUGAUUGAACAAGACGCAGAUCCAUUAGUGUGUAAUCGCAGAGGUCAAACAUGCUUUGAUUGUGCCCACAAUUCCAAAAUGGUAGAGACAUUUAAAAUUAAUAAGAAAAACAAUACAGAAAGAGUGAGAAAAAGUAGUGUUGAAAUAACAUUGCAGCAAAAAAUGAUUGGAAAAAUAAUAACUGCUGUAUCUGAUGGUGACAUACGUUUAGUACAACACUAUUUAGGCAUUGAUGAUGAAAAUCAAAACAUAAAUACGUUUGUCGAUAUAAAUUGUUCUAAUUUUAAAGGCUAUACUCCACUUCAUGUAGCAGCAGCCAAUGGCCAAACAAAUAUUUUAAAAAUGUUGAUUGGAUAUGGGGCUGAGGUUAAUUCAUUGACAACUUCGGAACAGUAUACUGCAUUACAUUUAGCUGUAAAGAACAGAAUGACAGGAGUUAUUGAUGUUCUUCUAGAUUCCGGAAAAUGCAAUAUUAACAAUCAGGAUAAUGGUGGCAAUAGUGUAUUGCACUAUGCAUGUACCAUUGGUGAUGCUAAUAUAAUAACUAGACUACUCGAACAUGGUGCUGACUUCGGAAUAAUUAACAAGAAAUUUAUAAGUGCUUUAGAUAUUUUAAACAAGAAUACAGAAUUAAGGCACUUGAUUUCAACUAAAAAAAAUCACUGA